CUUCGUCUGCUCAGCGAAGUUGAGUCAACACGCUGGGAAUCGCUCUGCCUGGAUUCAUGUGGCACCUCCACAUCUUUUCUUAAAAGGGACUUUUUCUGUCAUUCUCUGAUAGAAACCCGUUUUGCUUGAAAUGUGUUGUUAGAUACUAAUAGUUGAGUUGCAACCAUUAACCGCCCAGUCAUUAAGUACCUGCGGAUCUACUGCAGGGGAGUUUUCACCAGCAAGGAUACUGCAGAAAACCUUAAACAAUAAGGAUCUUCACAGAAGUGAACAAUGCUCAGACUAGGGACCAUCAUUUGCACUUUUUCUGUGCUGGCUAUUGCAGCAAGAGCAGAUUUUAAGGCACGGAACUGUAGCGAGGUGCGGGAGGCUUGUAUCGGGAAAGGCUUCAGUUUCGCACAUGUUCCUCUUCAGGAGAUCCCAGGUGAACUUCUCCGCGUAUGUCCUCAGGGAAACACAUGUUGCACCCAGGAAAUGGAGGACACAUUUGGCCAACAGAGCAAAAAGGACUUUGAGAAUCUUGUUGAUGAAAUUAGUCAUGAAUUGAGAAGCACCUUUGUUUCCAGACAUAAAAGAUUUGACGAAUUCUUCCUGGAGCUACUGGAAAACACGGAGAGGUCCCUGAAUGAGAUGUUUGUGAGGACUUAUGGCAAGCCUUACAUGCAGAACUCAGAGGUCUUUGAGAACCUGUUUGCAGAGCUGAAGCGCUAUUACACAGGAGGGAAUGUUAACCUGGAGGAAAUGCUUAAUGACUUUUGGUCGCGGCUACUGGAGCGUAUGUUCACGCUGCUCAACUCCCAGUACGUCAUCACUGAGGACUAUCUGGAGUGUAUCAGUAAGUACACCGACCAGCUCAAGCCCUUUGGAGACGUGCCCAGGAAACUCAAGGCUCAGGUUACCCGGGCAUUCAUCGCUGCACGCACAUUUGUCCAAGGGCUCUCUGUUGGCCGGGAGGUUGCCCAGAGAGUGUCUAAGGUAAGCAGCACUCCAGCAUGUAUUCGGGCUCUGACCAAGAUGCUGUACUGCCCCUUUUGUCAGGGCAUGCCGACAGUUGAACCGUGUAAGAACUACUGCCUGAAUGUCAUGAAGGGCUGCCUGGCCAAUCAGGCUGAUCUGGAUCCAGAGUGGAAUCUGUACAUCGAUGCCUUGCUGCUGGUCGCACAGAGGCUGGAGGGACCUUUCAACAUUGAAUCUGUCAUGGAGCCUAUUGAUGUCAAGAUUUCAGAGGCCAUCAUGAAUAUGCAAGAGAACAGUGCCCAGGUCUCCUUCAGGGUUUUUCAAGGCUGUGGCCAGCCCAAACCCGCAGGAAUGACUAGGUCUACCCGCGGUGUUUCGGAUGUGUUCAGCGCUCGCUUCAGGCCCUACAGCCCAGAGGAGCGCCCCACCACUGCAGCUGGCACAAGCUUAGACAGACUGAGGAUUGUUUGGAAAGCGAUGCAACACAGCGUGGUUGACAUAAAAGAGAAACUGAAGCUGUCAAAGAAAUUUUGGUCCAACCUGCCCGAGGCGAUGUGUUCGGAGGACAGAGUGACCGCUGGAAAUGCCAGCGAUGAGGACUGCUGGAAUGGACAUACCAAGGGCAGGUACUUUCCUGAAGUCCAAAAGGAUGGACUCACCAACCAGGUGAAUAACCCCGAGGUGGCUGUGGACAUCACCCGCCCUGACACCCUAAUCCGCCAGCAGAUCAUGGCUCUCAGGGUGAUGACCAACAAGUUGAAAAAUGCCUACAACGGCAAUGAUAUCUACUUUCAAGACUCAAGUGAUGAAGGCAGCGGCUCAGGCAGUGGCAGCGGCUGCACAGAAGCCUGCCCCACAGAGGCGGGCGGUGCUGCCUCAGAGGCCCCGGUGGUGGAAGCUGAUCGGCGCGGGCCUGUGGACGACUCAGCCCCGCUCCGAGCUCCCUCUGUAGCGCUGCCAACCAUUCUGGCCCUCUCAGCCCUGGCACUCCACCCGCUAUGGAGAUAAUGCUGGAGGAACCGGCUAAACAUGGACAGCAGGGUUUUCUUUUCUUUUUGCAGUUUUUGUAUUCGGGCAGAUUGGAGCUACAGUCAUGCUGCCAGCCUGGAGGCUAGAAGAGUCUGCUCUGAAAAAGAGAGCAGCCAUGCAUCGUGAUUUCCCACUUUCCCAAAGAUCGUGCAGUGCCAUCCUUAGACUUGACAUUUUAUGGCAUCACCUCUCCAUCUAACACUGAUGCCGACCCAACAAACUCUGCUUCAGAGAUUUCUUGCACAUAUGGCAGGUAUUAAUGUAGUUCUCCAUGUGGAAAAAUAUAACACGCACUUUGAUUGUUUUGAUUUUCUUUUUUAUGCAAAAAAUUGUUUGUGUGUUGAAAAAUGUUGAGAAUGUGGUCACAAAAGGUAACAUUAUUUUAAAACCAAAACAGUGGAUAAUGACAGAAAAUGAAGGAACAUUUCUGCCUCAAAUUUUUAAUUGAAUCCUUGUUCCAUCGCCAUUAAAUCAUGUGCCAAUUAUUGAUUUUGGAUGUUUUCAUCAUCAUAUAUCCAUGUUUGUUUUUAGAACAAUCGUGUUGCUUAAUCUUACUGAAUCGUGUUGCUUAAUCUUGUGUUUCACAGUCAUUUCAACCAUGGUGUUUGUUAGCUUAAGCGUAUCAUUGGUUUGUCAUGGAUCUGCUCUCUUCAACAGCCGCCUUGUGCUAAACUCACAUUUUGUUAAAAGGGAUAAGAUUGACAUUUUUGUAUACUAAUUUCCCUUGCAAAAAAUUACAAUCUUUAUAAUGCUGGUUUGUGUGCUUGUUUCAGGAGUUAACAGCCUGGACCGAAUGCUAACAGUUACUUACAGACAGAGAAGGUCCCACCAGUGUAGAGUAAUACCAUCAAAGUGAUGCUGGAAAACACAUUUGAAUCCACUCCAAUAUAUAAUGAUUGAUUCAUAAUGUCAUGGUUUUCUUUUGAAUUAUAUUAUUUGAAUUUUGUCUCCAUAAAGGUAGUAAGCCAGUGUCAGCAUUCAACAAUUAUUCACAACAUCAUUGACCGGUAAGCAUACCUCUCAAUAUGAGGUACAUAAAUUAUCCAUUUCAUGUCUUUAGAUAUGUAAACUAUUCUAAACAUACCAUGCUGACAUUAUAAAUGCCUUAUAGGCACAAUAAUGGAAAAUCAUGACCUGGACAUUGCCUUAUAAAGGGCACACCCACU